CGAAGAUUUUUGGGUCAGUCUGCUGAGUGACGACGACUUUAUAAUUUCGUCCUACAAAUUCCUGCAAAGUAGUAUUUUGUUAUAAUUUUUUGGGAAAAAGUAUUGCUAAAAAUGGUUGUUGGCUUUACAUCCGUCUCAUCAACCAAACCUCUCCCGAAAAUAAGGGAGGAAACCGUGCCCGAGUAUUUGUUGGAGAGGGCAAAGCACUUUUUGAAGGAGGGCCGGGAGGCAUUUCUGGAGAACGGUUUGACCGGGGAGCGUCUCACCUUUAAAAACUUUGACAAUGAGACGCUACGAGUCGCGAGUUGUUUCUACAAGCGUGGCCUUCGCAAGGGAGACAUCGUCGUUUACAUGACGUCUCACCAGCUCCCACAAAUCGUCAUGAUGAUGGGCGUCUGGCGUGCAAAUGGGGUCGUUCGUUCGCUCUAUGUCGACGAGUCUGAAGAAACCAUCCUGGAAAAGAUUAAGGAGUCGAACUCCCGCUGGAUUUUCUGUGACGCCGAAAAUGCCCCAAAAUGUCAAAGUAUUGCCGACAAGGUGGGAUGGACCGUGGAAAUCGUGGUAUGUGGCGAGGGGGCGGAUGGGUUUCAAAAUUUUGCUGAGUUUUAUAAAGACAAUGGAAAAUCUGCGCCAAAAUUUGAAAUGACCGGAGACGACAUGGCUAUUAUUUUACCGACGUCGGGAACCACAGGACCUAGCAAGGGAGCGUGGCAUUCUCACAAGGGGCUUGUUCACGAUAUCCGUCAAUGGGCCGGUUUCCCUUUCAUGCAGCACAAGCCUAAUCUGAUAGCAUCGAAGGGGACGCACGUUUCUGGGGCGCUGCUUCCCUUCGCCAUGCUCGUGAGGGGAGUGUUGGGCGUCGUGCUGGCGAAAAUGAGCAAGGAGAUCAUCAUCCAGACCGUGGACAAAUAUAAGCCCGGCGUGGUGUUUGCUUUCCCCAGCUUUCUCCUUUCGCUGGGUUCGUCUGAUGCUGAUGGGUAUGACGUGACCUCGGUUGAAACCAUUUUUACCGGAGGCAGCCCCACCACGGAGGAAAUGCACAAGGCAUUCAUGGCCAUUACUAAUGUAAAAUUGGUCAUGAUCGCGUUCGGACUGACGGAGGGUCCGUGUGUAUCGACAACGGCGGAUAUGAGAGAAACUGGGGCGCAUGAGGCGUACAAAAACAUUCCAGCCGGCACCGUGGGUAAGCCGUAUCCCGGAGGCCAACUCCAAAUCAGGGAUCUCGACACGAUGGAAGUGCUGGGACCCAAUCAACGUGGGGAAAUCGUGGCUCGGGGGGAUUACAUUUUCCAAGGAUAUUACAAGAACCCAGAGAGUACGAAGAAUGCCUUCAUCGACGGCUGGUUUAGAACGGGGGAUGUCGGAUAUCUGAACGAUGACGGAUUCCUCUUCAUCGUCGACAGGGCGAAGGAUAUUUUCAAAUAUUUCCAUAAUCACAUAUCGCCCACUGAAUUGGAGGGUGUUAUCCAACUGCACCCAGAAGUGAAGGAAGUUUGUGUCUUUCCCGUCCCCGAUGAAGGGGGCGAAGUUCCGAGAGCUUUCGUGACUUUGAUGAAUCACAAGAAUGGAAAAAGUUUGGCACAGUUGGCCACGGAAAUUAAAACCUUUGCGGAUGGAAAGCUGGCAACGUACAAGCAGCUCAAGGGAGGAUUGUACAUUGUGGAGGAUUUUCCAAAGGGAAAGACAGGAAAAGUGGUGAGGACUAUGGUGGGACAAAUGCCACUCCCCACAUACUAGAAUUUUACAGCACAAAUGUUUCAAAAGUCUUGUUUCUAUGAAUUGCUGUGAAUUACUUAGUUAAAUAAUUUGAAUUUCAUUAAAUAAUGAGUUCAUGUAGAUAGUUUAAAAAAAA